UCAGAUUCUGAUGUCCAUCAUGCAGUUGAAUGAGGUGAAGGAGGCAGCGCUGUUGUUAUGGAUCAACAGUGUUUAUCCCGAGGAGUCCUUUACCAAAAUUAUCCAGAUGAUGGACGGCCAUCGACUCCUUAAGUUUGCCUACAGAGUGCAGGGGAAAGCUUUCUGUGAUGGUUUGCUGGUGUCACCAUUUCCUAAUGUGAUGGAAAUGAUCUUCAGUAUGCUACAGGCUGACUUCCAGUUCAGCCCGAGACAGGCCUCCCUCAUGUUACGGAAAAUCAGUCAGGGAGUCGAGCUGGAGCUUCAGCUUGCCAAGGUGGUCCUUGUUCUUUGUUAUUGUGGUUUUAAAACAUACAACAUGGUGCCUUUGGACACAAAGACAGGGUUGAUGAUCGCAUCCAUGUUUCACUUUGUAGAAGAUGAUGCUGAUGAUCUGUCCUUAGACGAAGGCCUAGAUAGAUUUCUCACCAAAGCCUCUGUCAUGACUUUCUCCACCUCCAGCAGCGAGAACAGCUGCUGCUCGCCUUUGUACACUGAUGACGAGUCCCCGAUCUUCAGCCAAGUCCAAAACCCUCCCAGAGUUCAUUUUCAAGAGCAUUUCACGGUGGCCUGCAGUUCAGUCAGCUCUUCGGUGAAGGAUGUUAUGAGCACGCCACAGUUGUUGAAGAGACUCCGGAAAGUAUUGGCACGUGAAGGAGACGUGAGAGACGAGCUGGAGAAAGAACUGGCCAAUCAGAUCAGCAUCAAUUUAGAGAAAGAGGGUGUGAUUUCGCAAUUACAGCACAGGGUGGAGCGAAUGCUGCGGGAACCAGGAGAGCUGGAGAAGGACCAUAAAGCCGCACUGCUGGAGCUCCAGGAGAAGAACGAGAGUCUUAUCCGCAGAGUGCAUGAGGUUGUAAAACAAUGCCAAGACUUGAAAACCGAAAACACUCAGAAAAAGAAAGUGAAUGAUGUACUAACAAAGGAGAAGCAAACUUUUGCUGCUCAGGCUUUGACCAAAAUCGAGAGCUUCCUAACUCAGAUUCUGGAUUUGUCUGAACAGAUUUCCCUAAAAGAUGAAGAAAUCACAAAUUUGAGGAACAAGUAUGACUCUGUAGACCAUGAGCUGAAGCUUGUGAAGGAACAAAAUAUUGAAUUAAAAGAAAUGAUCAAAUCAAAUUGCCAAGUGCAUGAGGACAUCGUUAAGAAACUUCAGCAAGAGCUUGAGUCUGCUGCUUCAAAUGCUUCAGAAAGACAAGAAGAGAUGCUGGUUCUGUCAGCGGAGGUAACGUCUCUUAAAGAGCAGAUCUGCUGUUACAGUGAAAAUGGAGUGCGGAAACAACAAGAACUGUCUGUUUUAGAGGCACAGCAUGGUGUGUUGAAGGAAAAAUUGACAUCUCUUCAGAAUCAGUUGGCUGAGGUGAAGGAAUCUGAGCUUAAACGGGAGCUUUGCCAUCAAACCGUGCUAAGAGAAAAAGCUCAGGGUCUCGAGAGGACUGUGAGGGAACAUCAUACCGAAAUUUCCGCUCUUGCCUCAGAGAGAGAUGCUCAAAUAAGUUCUCUUAAAGCUGAAAUGAAGAAUCAACAGCUGAGAUCCCAGAGGCUGCGAGCUCAGCUGGAGCUGAAGGUGGAAAAGCAAAACGGCUCCAUUCUUGCUCUUAAAAACAUGGCUCGACAAUGGAAGCAGCAGAAUGAGGAGCUCAUGGAGAAGCUGAAGAUCAUGUUCACACAAUUACAGCAUUACAGUGGUAAAAACAAGGAGGCACGGGAGAUGAACAAAUCUCUUGUGAACUCCCUGCAGGCCAGCAGGAGAGAAGUCGAAGCUCUUCAGGUGGAACAAGACCAGGCGAAGGCCAGAGUCAAAAGCUUGGAGGCUCGGUUGGCCGUCACUGAAAGGCAUCUGCAGGAGCGGAGGAAGAUAACCGAUGACAAUGAGGAUGUGAGAUGCAGGGAAACACAGCAGGACACCAGCAAUGAGAGCUUGAACUUUGAGCUGAACUAUUCGUUUAAUGCUAAUGCACAUGAUCUGCCUGGUAUCGGAGUGGAGGAUAAACCAGAGCAUACUGCAGACGACUGGAUGCGUGUCGCAGAACUACAGGUGCGAAACAAAGCCUGUCUGCCUCACCUGAAGAGCAGCUACCCUCUAGAGUCCAGGACCACUGUGGGACUUCCCUCAUUUACUUUAACGGAUGAGGACCUACGGAUGGGUGACCCGGCAGAGAGCAUUCGCCGUGCAGCUGUACACUUGCAUGAAUCCCAGCAUUCACACACACCACAGACUCUCAGACAGCCUGGAUCCCUGCUGCAUGACCUGAACAUACCUGAGCAGAAGUACAUUGGCACAGGUGAGGCAAAGAAGUUGGUGAGCUGCAUCUCUCGGACCGUGAUGCUUAAGAGCAGGCAUGCUAACAGACUUUCAAAUGCUGAGCCUAAGCGAAGGCAGUCUGUUAUGUUCACCAUUGUUAACACACCAAAACGCCAAAGAGGUAGUUUGCUGCAGCGAGGCCUAAAGCACCGUAAGGAAGCCUGUAAGUCUCCCACAGUGGGCAGUCGUGCCCUGCAGCCUGCGAUGAGCGCCGCUAACAGCAGAUCGCCGCUGUCACUGAGAAAAUGUCCUUGCAGCAAGUCUCCAAAAAAGGGAGAGCAGUAGACGGACUGAUCAUCUUUCCUGACUUUGAUUUCUUUCUCGUCCAGGAUCAUUUGUGGACACAACCUGGAUUUAUUUUUAUCUAUAAUUUGGUAGUUUUUUUUCUGUUCACUUUGUAAAUUGAUGGA